ACGCUUAGUACGUUCAUAAACGAAACCAAAACAAAAGCAAAAAACCGAAACAAUAUCCGUGAAUCUCACUCGAAAUAAAAAAGAAAAUCUAUUUUGCACAGAAAAUAAAAACCAAGCCCAUUAAUAUUAAUAACGCUCUCGCUAAAAAUUAAUCACAGGCUCGAACGCUCAAAAACGAUUUACAUAUAAUAUCGUUAAUCACAAAAAAUUUAAAUUAGCUGUAAUCGAAGGGACAAUCGAUAAACGUCACAAUGUACGAGCUUCAUAGUUGUUUAAAUUUAGUUUUCUAUGCAACGAUCAUUCCCGGAACGAUUCUCAUUAGUUGGCUGACUGGGCUAGUCGGUCUGCCCUGCCUGGUGAUAGCUUUGCUGGUGUUCUUCCUCUUCUUUGUGCUGUUGCCGUUGGCUUUCCGGACAUCGGUGACGCUGCAACGCGGCAUUCUGUUCCUCACAUUUAUCACCUAUCCGAAGGGCCUUGACCUGAGCAAACCGCACAGCAUUGGACUUUUUGCCACAAGGAACUUCUACAUCACUGUCAAGGAUCACGAUGAGGACGAUGAUGGUGUCCGCAUUGGCGUCUGGCAUGUGCUGCCCAAGAAUGUCGUGCAUCGAUUCCGCAGAGAGCUCCGCGUGGAAGCUGAUUUGGAAACGGAAACCAGUAGCCAGCAAUUAAAGCCCACUCAUGUGAGUCUCGACAGCCAUGAGUUGGAACGUCUAGCGCCAGAGCUGCGUGCGGAAUUCCCUGUAAUUGUGCCGGAGAACGAGCAGCUCUUCUAUGAGCGGCUUCUGCGAGUGCCUGGCGCAACUGUGGUGCUCUAUCUGCAUGGCAAUACGGCCACGAGGGGCAGUGGCCAUCGCUCCGAGGUGUACAAGCUUUUGAGGCAUCUGAAUUAUCACGUUUUCUCGUUUGACUAUCGUGGCUAUGCUGACUCGGAUCCAGUGCCUCCGUCAGAGGAUGGCGUGGUGCGGGAUGCUCUGAUGGUCUUUGAGUACAUUGCCAAUUUGACGACGAAUCCGAUUUUCAUCUGGGGCCACUCAUUGGGCACGGGCGUGGCCACGCACAUGUGCGCCAAACUGGCCCACAUGAAGGAGCGUGGACCGCGCGGCGUAAUACUGGAGAGUCCGUUCACCAACAUUCGUGAUGAGAUUCGUCUGCAUCCGUUCUCGCGGCCGUUUCGCCAUUUGCCCUGGUUCGACUAUAUGAUCUCGCAGCCCAUGUAUGACAACCGACUGCGGUUCGAGUCGGAUAAGCAUGUUGGCGAGUUUCCUCAGCCAAUUAUGAUUAUUCAUGCCGAGGAUGAUGUUGUUGUGCCCUUCCAUUUGGGCUACCAACUGUAUCGAACUGCACUGGAUAAGCGCAGGCGCUCCUGGGGACCAGUGGAAUUCCAUCGGUUUGAACGGACACAUGGAUACGGUCACAAGUAUUUGUGUCGGGCUCCAGAGCUGCCUGGUCUGGUGGAACAAUUUAUAGAGAGCUAUCGCAAUACAAUCUACUAGACGAAAUGCGCCGCGGAACAAGUCUUAAUUUAUUUAUUAACAAUUAACUGAGUAUUUUGAUUUAGUUUUAUACCGCCGCAAUGUUACAAAAUUAAUCGCACGGUUUAUACAAAUUAAAAUAGACAUUUCUAGGAUACACAA